UUUUGUUAUUUGAACUUCAAAUUUGCUCGAGAUCGCUUCGUCUCGCGCACUCGGCCGCUAGCGAAACGCGCGCGUUUUAUUGGCGAUUUAGUAGCGAUUUUCUGUGCCGCCUUUACCGCGGCGAUUUUGCGUUCUUUACAAGUGCUGACGCAAGUGGUGCUGUUAAUCUGAACUGAACUGAUCUGCUAUUGAAUCGCAAAACGCGUUGUUGCAUCACGACUCGAGAAUGAAGAUGCAUAUUCGCGUGUUUAGCCUGGCUUUGAUCGCUCUAAGCCAGAGCUACUUUACUGCGGCCCAGGGCUAUGACUAUCCCCAGCCGAAGGUGUCCUUCACCGAUGGGUAUUCGUAUCCGCAGCCGGAAAUCCCGUUCCCACCACCUCUCCCGAAGGUUGUGGAGCCCAGUGGCUACUCCUACCCAAAGCCAGCCGUUCCCUUCCCGCCAGCACAGCCCAAGUACACGCCGCCAGUGCAGCAGAUCAUUCCGCAGGAACCCAAGCUGGUCAGUGGGUACUCCUACCCCAAGCCAGCGGUUCCCUUCCCGCCACCAACGCAGCCCCCACAGAUAAGGGUGACCUCACCACCGGCCGUAGGAUACUCCUAUCCCACACCAUCGGUUCCCUUCCCCCAGCCAAAGCAAGGAUACGAUUACCCCAAGCCAGCAGUUCGGUUCCCACCACCAACUGCUCCACCACAAAAGUACUUGCCACCUGUAACCACAACUCAAGCGCCACCUCCGCAAGUGAAACAGGGAUACGACUAUCCCAAGCCCGCCAUUCCAUUCCCACCACCUACUGCUCCGCCACAGAAGUAUCUGCCCCCGGUGACCACUACUCCUGCUCCACCUCCACCACCGCCGCCGACUAAGAAGUACCUGCCUCCUCCUCAGGUCAAGCAGGGAUACGAUUAUCCUAAGCCAGCAGUUCCAUUCCCACCACCCACGAAUCCACCACAGAAAUACCUGCCUCCCGUUGUGCCCACCAGCCCUCCUGUGCCAAAAUACAUUCCCCCACCCACACCUGCCUACAUUCCACCACCACCAAAGAAGCAAGGAUAUGACUAUCCCAAGCCUGCCAUUCCAUUCCCAGCACCCACUGCCCCUCCACAGAAGUACCUGCCUCCUGUGACCACAACGCAAGCACCACCACCACCACCGCCACCCAAGUACCUGCCACCCCCUCAGGUGAAACAGGGUUACGACUAUCCCAAACCCGCUAUUCCAUUCCCACCACCCACUGCUCCACCACAGAAAUAUUUGCCACCUGUCACCACCACGAAAGCACCUCCUCCACCACCCACUGCUAAAUACCUUCCUCCCCCACAAGUAAAGCAAGGUUACGAUUACCCCAAACCCGCCGUUCCUUUCCCACCUCCCACUAACCCACCACAGAAAUAUCUACCACCUGUUGCGCCCACGACUCCACCACAGCCCAAGUACUUGCCACCUCCGAAGCCAACAAACCCACCGCAGCCCAAGUAUCUGCCUCCCCCACAGCCCAAGUCGGGCUAUGAUUACCCAAAACCCGCCAUUCCAUUCCCACCACCAACAAACCCACCACAGAAAUACUUGCCACCCGUUGUGCCCACGACUCCACCACAGCCCAAGUACUUGCCACCUCCGAAGCCAACAAACCCACCGCAGCCCAAGUAUCUGCCUCCCCCACAGCCCAAGUCGGGCUAUGAUUACCCAAAGCCUGCCGUUCCAUUCCCACCACCCACUAAUCCCACGCCAAAGUACUUGCCACCACCAGUGAUUCCAACUUCACCACCAGUGCCAAAAUAUCUGCCACCUACUAACCCACCAACGCCCAAGUACUUGCCCCCGGUGCAGGUGAAGCAGGGUUACGACUAUCCCAAGCCCGCCAUUCCAUUCCCACCACCCACUGCCCCACCACAGAAGUACUUGCCACCUGUGACCACAACUCAAGCACCACCACCACCUCCACCACCCAAGUACCUGCCUCCACCUCAGGUGAAGCAGGGCUACGACUAUCCCAAGCCCGCCAUUCCCUUCCCACCACCCACGAAUCCCCCGCAAAAGUACAUUCCCCCCGUUGUGCCAACCAGCCCGCCCACUCCCAAGUACCUUCCACCCCCGCAGGUGAAGCAGGGUUACGACUACCCCAAGCCAGUCAUUCCAUUUCCCCCACCCGCCCCCAAGUCCGUGGGCUAUUCCUACCCGAAGCCGGCGAUCGCCUUUGACUUUUGAAUAACUCAUUCCUCGAUCGGCCACUCAUCAUUGAUUAAAUGACACAAUUGCCUCUGUGUGCGCAUAGUGAUCCUUAGGAACGUACGAAAUUGAAUAAUUGUAGUCUACUGUAAUAUUUUAUUUAAUACCUAUCAUUAAUGAUGUACCGGGGAUCUUGCCUGCGGAAUCUCCAAUCGAACUUAGUCAUUAAAAUAUGUUUUUUAAACUUAUGUUUUAACGAUUACGCAAUGCUGCCGAAUUAAAAACGACAAUGUGAAUGUUA